UCAAAGUAUUAAUUUUUUCACAAACUUUUUUAUUAUUAGGAGAAAGAUGAUUAGGGCUUUUGUUGGGAGCAUAAUAAGAAAGGGUCUCUCAGUGUUGUUUGUAGCAAUAAGGGGAAGUGGUAGUUCAGAAGAACAUUUGAUGUAUUUCAAUGAUGAAGUUGAUGAUGAAACUGUGGAAGGGUAUUUCACUGUUCUUGCCACAAAGGGCAAAGAAACAAGAAGAUUCAGUGUUGAGUUAGAUUGCUUGACUGAUCCUGCAUUCUUGGGACUUCUUGAUCAAGCUCAAGAAGAGUAUGGCUUCAGACAGAAAGGAGCUAUUUCUGUUCCUUGUAGGCCUCAAGAACUUCAGAAGAUUCUAGAUGAUAUGAAAGCAUAGACUUCAAUCAAGAAGCUAAGCUUCAUAUAUGUGCAUCUUGUUAAUUAAUUAAGAUAAUCAACUACUAAUACUACUACUAUAUAUAGUUUAACAGUUGGCUAAGGAUUAUUAUACCAAUUACCAACAAGUAUUACUUGCUCACUUUAAUCUUUAGUCAAUUGGUUGUUAAGUUU